CAAAAAAAUGCAAUUUCGUUUGAUUGGAUUGGAUUGGAGUCAAAUCAUAUGACUGACACUGAAUUCCCUGUGACCGCAGAUCGUACAGAUAGCACAGAUGAAUCCCCUACAACACUGGCAAAAACGCCAACAUAUGAAUACUAUGGAUUUGUACUUUAUUUAUUAUCGUUCAUAGCAUUCGCAAUAUAUUUAUUGUGGGCAUAUUUACCUAAAGAGAUUUUAGAAUCUUUGGGGAUCACAUACUAUCCAGAUAGAUAUUGGGCGCUGGCAUUACCUGUAUGGUCCUUUGUCUUGGUGCUUUUCAUUUUUGUUGCAUUUAUUUCAAUAAAUUUUUUGAAUACAGCACCACUUGAUUCGUUUAACACAAUAACAGAUGACAGUGCUAAUGUAGGUCAAAAUUUAUCAGAACUAUCGGGAAUUGCUGAUGAUUUUGUACCGGAGCUGCAUGAUAUACCUAUUGGUAUAGUAAAUGCGUGCUUAUAUCAGAAAAUAGCUUUAUGGGAAAAGCAUUAA